AUGGCGCGUAACCGGGGCAGUCCCCGUAGCUCCGGGCUUGCGCCACACGGGGAAGGGGAGCAACAGCAGCAGCAGCAACAGCAGCAGCAACAGUGGUCAGACGAAACCUGGCAACAGCAGGCUAACCGCUUAGCGUCCACGUCAGCGUCCGACAGGGCAGGGGACGACAGUGCCAGUGGCAGUGAGAGCGGCGGGGAGGCGCGAAGCAGAGAUGGUUCAGGCAGGCCGCGUGGCCGCACGUCGACCGAUGAGAAAGGAAAGAGAAUAGAAGGUUCUGCCGAUGAUGGGGAUGAGGAUGAGGGUGAAGAUGAACGGGACGGCGGAGGUGCGAGGGCAGGCAGGGAAGCAGCCGGGGGAGGAGGCGGAGGCGGAGGCGGAGGCGGCGCAAGAGGCGGAGUCGGGGCUACUCCGCCUACCUUGCCGUUCGUUUCACCUUCCUCUCUCGCUAGCCAAUCACUCCUUCCUGACAUACCCCCCUUGCGCUCCCUUCUUUACCCUUCUCGACCCCCCCUUCCCCCCACCCCGCUUUCCCCAUCCCCACUCUCGCCCCCUUUCCGCCCGUCCCCGUCCUUUUCCCCCCCCCAUCCUCCGGCGAACCCGCUGCCCGCCCCCCCGCUCGCAGAGGCUCUGGACGAGCUAAGCAUGCAGCUAAUAGCCACGCGCAAUCUUCUCACCAGCGCGGAGGAGGAGCGCGCGCAGCUGGCGGUGGCGGCGUCCGAAACCGCCAAGGAGCGCGACCUGCUGCGGCAACAGUGCGAGGAGCUGCGCACCGCGCUCGAUCAAUCAGGCACCUCCACGUCAUCGUCAGACUCCAGCAAUCCGCCCGGCGGAGGUCCCGGUGGCGUGGCUGCGGCAGCAGCGGCGGCGGCGGCUUCCGCAGGGGGGGGAGUGGGCAGCGGAAGAGCGGCAGGACAAAGCGUGGAAACCCUAGCUGUCGCCGCGCUCUAUAACGAGCGGGAGAGGCUUAUAGAGCGGAUACAGGACCUGGAGAUGCGGUGGGGGCAGUGUCAGGAGGAGCUAGGGCAGUGCCUAGAGGAGAAAGAGCAGCUGCAGAUCGAGGUAGGCGCGGCGGUUGCGCGCGCCAUGGAGGAGCGACAGGAGUGGGUGGAGAGAGUAACCACCGUGGCGCGCGUGGGGAAGGAGGAGAUGCAGCGGCGCGUGGCGAAGCUCCUGGCGCAGCGGGACGAGGCGGAGCGGAGCGCCAGGGCCGCGGAGGGGAAGGUGGCGGGGCUGCUGAACCAGCUCGCGGCGGUGGCGGGCGGAGGGGGAGCGGGGGGAGGCGGAGCGGGGGGAGGGGGAGCGGGAGGGCUGGGGAUGGGCGUGGGGGAAGGGUAUGGCGGGGCGGGCGGGCAGGACGGUGUGUGGGUGGGCGUGGGGGGGAAGGGGUUUGGGCAGCAGCAGCCGCAGCUGACUCGCGCCAGCACGUCGGAUAGAAGACGGAGCCCCUACGGCCGCAGGGACUACACGCGGUGGGACCGCUCCCAGCCGCGAUCGGACGGGUACGUGCGUGGAGCGAGACCGGCUCUCCGACUGCACGCGGCGGGACCUCUACCGAGCCCUUACGGUCGCCACGACUACACGCUGUGGGACCGCGCUUGGACUCUCUCUAAAACAAAACCGCCCUUUCUGUCUGUCCUCCCGUCAUCCCCACCUUCCCGUUCCCCCACGAGCCCCUACGGGCGCCGGGACUACACGAGGUGGGACCGCUCCCGGCCGCGAUCCGACGGGUACGUGGAGCGAGACAGGCUCUCCGACUGCAUCGUCCUCUCCUCCUCCUCCCCCGUCGGCACCGGCGGUGCCAGUGCCUCUUCCCUCCCACUACCCCUACUACGACCGCAGGGAUUACACGCGGAGGGACCCCUCUUGGAAGGAACUCCUAAAAGAAAACCCUCUGCUCCCCCCUCUCUCUUCCCCCCUUUCCCCACACUCCCCUCCACCCCUUAUUCCCCACCCCCCAGGAGCCCCUACGGUCGCCGGGACUACACGAGGUGGGACCGUUCCCGGCCGCGAUCUGACGGGUACGUGGAGCGAGACAGGCUCUCCGACUCCAUCGUCCUCUCCUCUUCCUCCCCCGUGGGCACCGGCGGUGCCGCCAGUGCCUCGUCCCACUACCCCUACUACGACCGUUCCCGCUUCCGCGAGGGGCGCGCCCGAAGCCACCACGGUCGCCGGCAGGUUUCCGAUGGAGCUUCAUCACUCGACGAUUCGUCCUCCACAGGGAAAGGCGCUCUUUCCGCUCCUCCCCCGUCGACCUCUGCUGCUGCCGCCGCUGCUGCGGCUGCUGCUGGUGCUGGUGCCGCUGCUGGUUCCUCCCCUGUUACGCCGUCUUUCGCUAGCUCGAUUUUCUCCUCGCUGUUUGGGUGGGGGGGGUCGAGCCUCUCACCUCCGUCAAGUCAGCAGCAGCAGAAGCAGCAGCAGGGGGGGGUGGGAGCAGCGGUGGGUGGGGGGGUGGGCAUGGGAGGGGGAGGCGCGGGAGGUGGGCAUAAAGUGGUGGGGGUUGCCGAGAGUGCACCUGGGAGUGUGUAUGAUGACCGCUCGUCUACUACCUAUGGGAGUAGCAUGCGGAGAUACAGCAGCGGUGCUUCCGCCAGUGGGUCGGUGAGAGGACGCGGAGGGUACGGGUAUGGUGGCGGCAGCGGCGGGGGGAUGGAUGGAGGAGCAGGGUAUAACGAUCAAGGGUAUGGGCUGAGAGGAGUGGGAGUGGGAGGGGGAGGGGGAGGAGGAGGGGGAGGGGGAGGAGGGGAUGGAGGGGGGCCGUACUGUCGAGUGAUGGUGCCAGCGGCAGCGGUGGCAGCAGCAGCGGGGCUGCCUGGGUGGUCAGCGGGAGGGAGGGACGGGGAGAUUAGACCUGUUCCAGAGGGAAACGUGGAGGGCCAGGAUUGGCUGUCGGAUCAAUCGGGCGGCACGACUAUGGAUGAGGUUGAUGAGGUGCUGAGACAGAUGGGGAUUUCUCCGGAUGAUACUGUGUGGAACGGAGGGGAGGGGGAUGCGGGCGGGGGGAGGGAGAGGGGAGGGGAGGGGGGGUUGUCGCGGUAUGGAGAUAGAGUGAGGGACAAGGUGAGGGAACGGGCGAGAGCGGGGGGUGCGAGGGAGGGGAGGGAGAGCGAGGGGGAUUGGGGGAGGUUGAGUGUGGGAGGCGGGGGUGUAACAGGAGGAGGAAGCAUUGCGUCAGGAAUGGGAGGAGGGGGAGCAGCAGGGGGGCUGGGGGUGGGGAGCGAAGGGAGAGGCGGCGAGGAUGGGUACAGUGAGGUGGACGGGGGUGUUGGUGGUGCGGCCUCGAGUGCACUAACCGCGGCGGCGAGUGCUGGGUCGAGAACAGCGUUGAGAAGGCUAGCAGCAAAGAGGGGGCAGUUGCCGCCCAAGAACAGCCUGUCUCCUGUGUCGCCCAACCAGGUGUUCCAGCAUGCGCGGGACACUGUCAUUUUGUACCAAUGA